UUACUUCUCAUCGAGCGUCCACAUGUAUGGAUCCUCAAAAUUGAGAAGCUCUGAAUUCAGAUUAUCUUAUCUGCGAACCAUUCAUUACGAAUAUCCAACAAAGUGGUGAACAACAGUUCUCUCAUGUGUGCAUCACUCAAGAUUUCCUAUAUAGCCUAAGUAGACGUAUUUCUUAUUGUACUUGAUUCUUGGAUCUUGUCUUUAAAUUACUUGUAAAGAGAAACGAGACGUUUGUUUUGGAUGGAAGUGUUCAGACGUAAUUGCAGUUGUGAUUCAGUAUGGAUCGGAGGUUGUCAAAAAGUUCAUUCAUUUAUUCUCUGCUCACCUAGAUAUCGUAAUUAAUGAAAUAUUGAUACGAAUUGUUAAACAAUAAAGCCUUGGAGACAGUUUUCAAUUCACUUGGAUCGGAUGUUCAGUGUGCACUCGGCGUAACUAACUUCAUCAUUGAUGUUAGCGCAUAGCACCGCGAGAGAGCGCGUUAUUCAGUGAAAAAAAAUGGUGGUUAUUUGGGUGUAGUCGGGCGAUUUUCUGCAACACAAAUGUGAGUACCGGCUGACUAAGGAGUUACGAGUGCUGUUUGUCAGUGCGUCGCGAAGCUAAUAUGACCGGGUCUAUAUCGGAGAAUCAUUUAACUUCUUCGAUAUUAAAUAUUUAUUAAGAAUUUCAAACUACAGAGUAUAUACCGAACGAAGAAAGGAAAGCUCUGUGAUGGAUAUAAAAAGCAUAUACUCUGUACAGUAGCAUAAAAAUAUUCAGUAUUUUAUAAUUUGAGGAGUAAAAUUAGUUAAAAAUACUAUGUACUGUUUUAACUGCGAAUAUUAUGACAAGAAAAGUUCUCAUCAAGUCUAAAUCUAAGUGAAAUUAAGGGAGAAUAUAUAUAUAUAUAUACAAAAUAGGAGACGAAGAAUUUUGCAAAGUGAACUCUUUCAUUAAUUGGUUAUGUGCAAUGCCGAGAUGCUUUAAUGAAAACAAGGCAGUAAGUUCGGUUGGCAUCAGUCGUAAAUUUAAUAAAAAGAAUGUCUUAUUAACAGAAAAUCAUUUUUUUUCAAUUGGGGAUCAGUUGGAAUUAGAGGAAGAACCGCCUAUCGUAGAAAAAUCACACCGAAGAGUCAGGUGUGAUUUAAGCCCAGUUCCACUCAGCAAAAGCACUAAUUUGAAUAUUAAGCUUCUGAGUAUUAAGGGUGAUAAAAACAUUCAAGAUCAAGUGGGCACUGGAUCUGGUGGGUACAAAGAACGGGAGAAAGAAGUGAAAAAGAGAGCAGCUAUAGGCAAUACAGUGCGUGGAUUCCUCUCAUCUGGCCACAGCAGGCAGGACAGGUAUGAGACAAAUAGGCAACGAUCACCGGGCGGAACUGGCCUGUCAAAUAUAUGUCCGAAGCUGGUGGCCAGUGGAGGCAGUGGUAGUCAGGGUAGGAUUAGUUUGGCAUUGGGCCACUUAGCCUCUCAGGAAGGAGGAGCCCCUUGUCCAGUUGUAUCUACUCAGAGGGUCUACAAUAAUAAACGCCAAAGAAAAUUAUCUAUUGUUUCGCAAGCAGGCACUAGCGGCCACAGUUCUGGAGACCGAAAGACAUCAAAUAUAAGUCGUUCCUCUACAACAAUUUGUAAAAAGCAAAUACGAACACAAAGGACUGAUCAUAACACGGAUUCAUUAUCUAUAACGAGUAACGGAGUUGCCAGUAGUUCGCCUUCGUCAAAGAAGAAAGUGUUAUCUGCGUCGCGUAUUUCUGAAAAAUCAUCACCCCGGAAUCUCAAUUCACCGUUAUUGGAUCAUGAAAAUGAACGCAGUUUUAGCGAUGCAGAAGAAGCUGUUGCAGCGACAGAAAGUGCGUUUAGUUUGCCAGGUUCUAGUUCCACGCCAUCAACACCGCUUAGUCGAUUGAAAUUGAAAAAAUUGGAUGAUGACGAAACGAGUGUCGAAUGUAGUGUCAGUGAAGAAGGUCCUGAAUUUUCACAGGAAUCAUCAGACAAAAAUGUAUCAUUAGAUAUAAACGAAAAGACUUUGUUAGAAAGCAUCGAGGUUUCUAAAAUUACGAGAAAGAUAUCGGCAAACAGUAUCGAGGAUGAUUUAAGUAUACAAAGUAAACAAAGAUUAUUUCCCGCUUCUUCUAUAAGUACGAAAUGUAUAAAUAGUGAAAGCAGAACGAUUAAAUCUAAAGAUAAAUAUGUUACAGAAAAAAUGAUUGAGCAACAAAAUAGUAAAAAUUUGAAGGAAACGAAUAUGGAAAAGAAUGUAGAUACGAGCACGUCCACAGAAACGUCCAUAAGUACUGCGACUACUAAAACUAACGAGAAAGUGAAACGGAAAACAUCUAACGAAGAGUCGAAACCUGUGAAUAUUGCAGAAAAUGAAGAGACCAAGAACUUAGCAAAAAAUUCUGAAAAAAGUAGCAAGAAAGAAGAAGUGGUAAAAAGUUCAAGAUUUGUAACAUCAAAAGUAUCUGAGGAUAUUGCAGAUACGGAGGUGAAAGAUAUUGAUGCACCAAGGGAAGAGGAAGAGGAAGUGACUAUAUAUGAUGAAGAUGAUAACGGUACCAGUAUCAGUGAUAUCGUUGCUGCCCAGGCGCUUCACGAAUCUCUAAGUAAAUUAGGAAAAGUACCACCUCUAGACGCGGAGAUGGAGAAUGUUAAAGAGACGACUCCAGAGAAUGAGACCCAAACAGCGAAGGACGAAAAAGAAAAGGAAGUCGCACAGGAAGAAACAGUGGAAGGAUUCAUUGGACCUUUACUGGAUGAAAAUUUUAAGGCGGAUGAAAAAUUAACACAGAAGACCAUGGCCAUGGAAGAUGUUCAAAAUUUAUUGCUGAAAGUUAAGGUGCAAACUGUUGAGGACGACGACGAUGAGGAGAAAGCUAUUGGUAUAUCACCGGAUGGUAGAUUUUUAAAAUUCGAGGAAGAAAUCGGUAGGGGCAGUUUUAAGACUGUGUACAGAGGACUGGAUACUCAAACUGGUGUAGCAGUUGCUUGGUGCGAAUUACAGGAGAAGAAAUUAAAUAAAACUGAGAGAUUGAGGUUUAGAGAGGAAGCAGAAAUGCUGAAGGGAUUGCAGCACCCAAAUAUUGUUAGAUUUUAUGACUACUGGGAAGUUACACUUACGCGUAGGAAAUAUAUUGUGCUAGUCACUGAACUUAUGACUUCAGGAACAUUGAAAACGUACCUAAGACGCUUUAAAAAGAUUAAUCCAAAAGUAGUGAAAUCUUGGUGCAGACAAAUUUUGAAAGGCCUUAGCUUUUUACAUUCAAGAUCGCCACCUAUUAUACAUCGUGAUUUGAAGUGUGACAAUAUUUUUAUUACUGGUACAACGGGAAGUGUAAAAAUUGGCGACUUGGGACUUGCUACUCUUAAAAAUCGAAGUUUUGCUAAAAGCGUUAUUGGGACACCCGAAUUUAUGGCGCCAGAAAUGUAUGAGGAACAUUACGAUGAAUCCGUGGAUGUUUAUGCAUUUGGGAUGUGUAUGCUCGAAAUGGCUACAAGUGAAUAUCCAUACUCGGAAUGUACUGGACCAGCUCAAAUAUACAAACGCGUAGUAUCGGGUGUGAAGCCGCAGAGUUAUGACAAGGUGGAAAAUCCGGAAGUGCGUGAGAUUAUAGAAAUGUGUAUUCGUUUAAAGAAGGAAGAACGGCCUUUAGUUAAAGAUCUUCUGAAUCACGAAUUUUUCGCGGACGACGUUGGACUGAAGUUGGAGAUGGUCUCGAGGGAUUCGGCCGUGGCGGAUGCGGAAUUGUCUCGUGUUGAAUUCAGACUUCGUGUGUUGGACCCUAAAAAACGUACCAACAAGCAUAAAGAAAACGAGGCGAUACAAUUUGACUUCGACAUUCAAGCCGAUAACGCAGAAGAGGUGGCGUCGGAAAUGGCCAAAUCCAGCCUUAUCCUCGAGGAAGAUGUUAAGGCUGUGGCAAAGAUGUUGAAGUCGCAGAUCACUACUCUAUUACGAGAAAGGGAAGAACGUAAAGCCAAAGAAGAAAAGGAACGUCUAGAUCGUGAAGCGGACAGUGCUACAACUAACGAGAACCUUUUGCAACAACAGUUGCUGCUUCAACAAAUGCAGUUGCAGCAGCAGCAGCAGCAAUUGCAGUCCAACAUGGGAAUUCAAAUACAAGGCCAAGUACAAAUGCAGUUGCAACAGAACCAAAUACCGAUGCAACAACAGCAGCAAAUGCAGACUGCGCCGCAGUCUCAAUUACAGCCCCAACAAGUGCAGUUGGUUCAGCAGCAACCGUUAAUGCAGCAGCAGACGUCCGUUGUUCAGCCGCAACAGGCGCAACAAAUACCUCAGGUUUCGCAACAGCAAGUGCAGUACCAACAACAACAGUACCAACAGCAAUUACAACAACAGUAUCAACAGCAGCAACAACAGCAGCAGCAGCAAUUCUCUCAACAUAUUUCGCAAAACUUGACUGCUACUUCUUCGCAAUGUUCCACACCUCAGAAUGUUCAGAGUCAACCACAAUUUCCUCAAGUGACUCAACAAAUGCAGCAGCAGCAGCAGCACAUGCAGCAACAAUAUAUACAAUUGAGUCAGAUGAGCGUGCAGCAACAAAUUCAGAUGCAGCAACAGAUGCAACCCCAAAUUCAAAUUCUAUCGCAAUCGCAGCAUAUGCAUCAGCAAAUGCAGCAACCGCAGCAGAUGCAGCAGCCACAGCAAAUGCAGCAGCCACAGCAGAUGCAGCAGCCACAGCAAAUGCAGCAGCCACAGCAAAUGCAGCAGCCGCAGCAGAUGCAGCAGCCACAGCAAAUACAGCAGCCGCAGCAAAUGCAGCAGCCGCAGCAGAUGCAACAGCCGCAGCAGAUGCAGCCGUCACAGCAGAUGCAGCAGCCGCAGCAAAUGCAGCAACCUCCACAGGUUCAAUAUUCUCAACCGCAGAUUCAGCACGUUCAACAAGUACAUCCGCAUUCGGUGGGCUCUGCGCCGGUUCAGGGUCAGCAGUAUUAUCAACAAAGUGCUACGGGGUCUUCAGGAUAUAAUACGCAACCCAUAUACCAGCAAAAUAUGUCUCAACAAAUGUAUCAUUCGUAUGCAAGUUCAAACUCCUCCGGUCAUGUCGAAAUUAUACCAUCCAAUCAGCCUCCAGCUCAAAUCUACGCGAACAUCCCUCAGAACACAGCACCAGCAACCUCGCAACCUUAUAUACAGCAACAACCAGGCCAAGUUCAAACUUCAUCUGUACCAUCCAGCAUAAAUAUUCAAAGUACCGCAUCGGCUACACUCAUGCAAAGUACAGUGACUUCAGCGAUUCCAAAUAUGCAAACUGCACCUACGCUUAUCUCGAACGGGGGGCAUCAACCGCAGUCUCAGCCGCAACAAAGUGUUCUAGUUCAGAUGCAAUACACGCAAAAUUCUAACGUUCCUACCUCUGUCCCCAUGUCGUCCGGCAUUUCACAGUCGAUAACAACAUCACAACAUUUCGUCUCGGAGCAAUCAAGUACUGAAAGAUCGUCUUUGUCGAAGCAAGAUACAAUGGAUUCUGUACAAUCCUUGCCAGCUGAUAUAGCAGCGAAUGUCCAAGAUUUAGUAAACGCGUCUAAUGCGCAAGUUACAGUGCCAAAUGAAGGAGUAACCCAAGAGAAUGUUGAGAGCGUCGCUUCGUCUGAGAGAUCUAGAGUGAAAAGAUCCGGCACGAAACGUAAGAAGCCUGGGAUCAAAUUAACUGUUUUAUCCGUGAGUAGCAGCGAGGGACAGUCGAUGACUGUCGAGUGUCAACUGGAUACGAGCAAACAGAAAACUGUGACGUUUAAAUUUGAUAGAGAUGACAUGGUACCGACUGAUAUAGCUAAUAAUUUGGUUGCCGAAAAUUUAUUACCACAAUCGCAGUGUGAAACGUUCGUCGAAUUGAUAGAAGAUAUCGUUAGACAAUUACGUUUGGACCCUACACGAGCUUUGCCGUUGGUAGCACAUGGCCCACCAGAUCAAUCUGCCGGCGGUAGUCCGGUGACGAGUCGUCGACCUAGGGAUCGUGACCACAGUCUUGAUACAGCUAAGCAGGUGAGACAUGGCUCGCUAACUCGUCAAAGCAGCCACCGAUCAUCAUACAAAGUCCAUCGUAGACACCGUUCGAGAGACGAAACUUCUAACACAUCCACUCCUACGAAAUUAUUGCCGAUCGAUCAAAUAAUUUCACAUAUUACGGGCGCUACUUCUAUGGACAAGCCACAAAAUGUGCAGACACCUGAUAGUCAAAUGGGUCCUGAAAAUACAUCAGCUGACGCAUCCAGGAGAUCGUCGACGUCCACACAAAACACGGAUACGUUGACACCGACAAAUUUGCCAAGCGAUCUCACUGAUCCAACUCAAGAAACAAUUGUUACUGUAACAACGGUGGACACAGUCCAGGAUGGACUUAGAGAUGAGACUGCUAAAUCUUCUCAAAAUCAAACACAAGAUUCAGUUAGUAGUCAGGCAAGCGAAAAGCUUAAGGAAUCUAUAGUUCAAGAUACAAUGGUACAAGAAAAAGACACAAGUAAGGAAACGCAACCCGAUACCUCAGGUGCAGAAGUGGCUACGUUAGCAGCGCCAGCUCCAACUCGAAAAAUCUCUCGCUUCUUAGUUAGUCCUGUGGUCGAGCAGAAGGUCGUCGCGAACGAGGAAGAGCAAUUGAGUACUGCAGAAAGUGCAGAUAAAUCUAACGCGCCAGUAACACAGACAAGUUCAUCGUCUCAAUUGAAUGGUAAUGAAGAGGAACAAGCAAAACACGAAGACUUAGGAAUGAACGUUCCGGAAGUGCAAACAGUAGUUCCGGAAAUGGCAGUUGUUGAAACAAUUACGCAGAAUCCUCCAGGUACCACGGAACAAAUGGAGAACGUUCAGAUACCAUCGAUGCAGAAACCGAUUGGGCUUCAAAACAUCGUGCAGGGGCAACCGAUGCCACAAAUGCAACAAAACGUAAAUACUGUGCAGUCUAGUCAGCAAAAUGUAAUAGUCGUAGGAUCAGGAAUAACGUAUCAAUCGCCUCAGCCGAUGCAAACUAUGCAUCAGAACGUAGUUGUGACGCAAAAAGAUUUGCAAGGCCAGGUUUCAUCGGGCGGAAUCAAUAUACAAGGGCAAUAUCAGAAUCAGCCUAUGCAGUGUAACGUCCUGUUGCAACCGCAGCAACCGAUUAUGCAAAUUCAACCAAAUUUAGGGCAGAUGCAUGUGCAAUCUGAAAGUCAACAGCAGAUGCAAGCUCAACGGCCGCUCCAACAAUUUCAUCCACAGCAAAUACCGCAACAGCAGCAUCAACAGUAUGUUAUACUUUCUGGACCGAUCACGCAAUUGCAGCCGACCGCGUUAAUAGACGAAAGGAAUCGUAGGAUUUCGAAUAUUUCCACGGCAUCGAACAUGUCGACGGAUUCGCAGAUUUCGGAAAGCAGUAAUAUCACGGAUGACAAGAAGCAAUCACUUAUCGCGCCAAAUUUAUCGGCCCCUCAGGUACAACCUGUUCAAUUAAUUUCUCAGCAAGAUGGUACGAACAUGGCACCUUUAUCGCAGACAGUUCUGGAACCAGUUCAACAACUUCAGGCGGUUCCACAAAAUGUCAUGAACGUUCCAUCCAGCGUAUCUAUUCCGGUUUCAGUUCCUGUACAUCAAGUCACUACCACAGAAGUGACUCCAAAAGUUACGUUGAAAACGAAAGAAGUUUCAUCGACGCUUCCGGACUUGGCGCAAAAUCUUGCUAACAUACUUUCGAACCCGAAAUCAAAAUCUUCGACUCCUCAUUUGACGAAUCACGAGCAGAGUCAAACUCUCAACGUUCAAGGAAGUGCAGUGCCAGAUCAUAAACCUAAUCUCCAGCCUGAACAGUAUUUUCAACCUAUCCAACCAGAAGCAAGUCAGAUACAAAUGCAACCCCAAUUGCAGCACAACUAUCAAACGAACAUAGGACAGCAGGGAAUUCCACAAACGUUCCAAAUCAAUCAACAGACUCAUCCGAUUCAAAUACCCUUGCAACAAACAAUGCAAUUAAACGCGAUACAUCAGAUCGAUCCUCAAUUACAAAUGCAACAAAAUUUCCAAGGAGUACCUGUCCAAGCAUUAAGUUCGCAGGGCAAGUGGAUUCCACCUAUGAAUCAGAACGUCGUGCAGCAAUCUAUGCCAAUCAGACAGGUUCAAUCGAUCCAGCCUCAAAUGCAACAGGCUGUUCCUGUACCGCAACACGUCGUGCAAGAUAUUCAGAACGUAGAGAGCUCCACUCCUGUCGAUCAAUCGCAGUUUCAUUUACGGCUUCCAGACCAACAACUAUCGGGAAAAACGGAGACAGAUGAUGCACGUGCAAAUCUUGAACAUACUUUGUUGUCGGAGAAUGAGAACUCUAGUCACGAUAUAACUCCGGAGCAUACGAUCGUCGAAUCUGUCGAUGCGGCGUUGUUCACGCAAAAUCAGAUGUUCCAACAACAGCAGCAACAGCAGCAGCAACAGCAGCAGCAACAUCGGAAGCUUAGCCAACAAAAUUCACUGGACAAAGUUUCGGACAUGUCCGCUGGAACAGCCAUUCCAAGUGGAACAGGUCCACAAACGAUAGCGGAUCUCCAUCAAAAACUUGUUCAAUUAACGAGUCAGCCGUCCGAAGCACUUAACGUAGGCACACCGCCUAUAAGUUACCCAGCUACACCUCAUAAUCACCAGAUAAUAGGAGGAUACGACGCAUACAUGCAUUCUUUGCAACAGAAGCUUGUCAACAUCGGUAUGCCGACAUCGACAGCGCAUGGCAUGGGUCCUUUGUCACCUCAGACUACGAUACAGUCUGCUGCAACCUUGCCUACCGACCCAAAUCUUACGACGAGCAUCGAAGGUUCUGUUCUACCUCAAGAAGGCUCGAUCCAGCAGCUUGCACUCUCUCAAACUCAAGUAGAUUGCUCUCUCGACAGUCCAACGCCAGGAGGAGGUCCCGCUGGUUCUGAGACGAUGAGUCCCAGCAAAGAAAGUAUAAAAGUUCGAGCUCAAAGGCCAGGAUCGCGUUUGCAGGAAUUGGAACAGGAAUUAGCUAAAAUCCAUCACAGGGGCUCCAUUCUAUCGACAGCUUCCCCGCAACCCUUAACGCCGCCUAUUGCUAUCGUCGGUUCCAUGCAGGUGCAGCCACCGCUGCAGUCGGCGCAAAGUUUACUGACCACCGCUCCGCCUAUGACUACCGUGCCUGUUGCUACCGUUCCUCCCAGUGUCAUUACAUCACGCUCGGAUACCAACACACCGGUGCAAACAGAAUCUCAAGAAAAUGCUUCCGAGAAGGUUAGUACAACACAACCUGUUAGAAAAAUAUCAAGAUUCGUGGUUUCCAAGGUCGCAGGUCCGCCUAGUAAUGCUGCUGCUCAAAGUCAACAACAUAGCGAUGUGUCGAGAAAUCAAAUGGAGGAUCCGAAGGUCUACCAUAUGGAUGAUAUACAGGGUACACCGAUACAAAUAAUCCAUAGUCGAGAGGGUUCGAUUCCACCAGCGCAAGUUCCUCAACUACUUAAUCCUUCUGCGAUAGAACAAUCGGAAAAAGACGAAAGAUUUUGGACACUCACACCAAGCGAAGAAUAUCAAUUACUUAUAAAGAAGCAAACCAUGGAAUUAGAAACGCUACAAAGAAGACAUAGGGAAGAAUUGGAACGUUUCCAGCAACAUCAAUUACAAUUAUUAAUCCAGCAGCAGCAGCAAGCAAGUGCACUUCAUCAACACCAUCAUCAGCAUCAUCCAGUACUUUAUCAUACCGUUGCGACUAGUAUAUCAGGACAAACUAGACUCCCAGGUACCGAAGAUUAUUUAAUGUUUAAUACAACGCCCCAAACUCCAUUGCAAAAAGCUCCGAGUAAUUAUCCGGAUACCGACGAAACGUUACGGUUAGCUAUGCAGAAAUUGAAGCAAACACCUUUGCAGCUACAACCACAACAGGCGGCAGCUGGAAUACCACACGCUUAUGUUAUUCCAAUUUCAGUAGUGCCUUCUGAAACUAUUCAAAAUGUGCCCUCUCAGCAAUCUAGUAGUUAUACGAAUGAAGUACCAGAGUCCCUUGAUUCAACGCAUAAUCCGGCGAUCAUUAAUUCGGCCCAAUAUCAAUUCACGCCUAUAAUACCGGACGGGACGAACGUCCCGGCUCCCUCCACUGGAUCGUUGGUCACGUCUCUACCAAUAUCAAUUUCAACGAUAUCGAAAAAUCAAACACUAUCAAACUUUCAAACGUUCAGCUGUACACCGCACGGCGGUUUCUUUUUACCGGCUGGCUACCGGUUGAUAUACGCUCCUCCCGGCGGAGCGACUCAAUCCCAGCCAGCCACACCAGCCACACCUCACAUAGGAAAUUCUCACGACGGUACACCACCGACAGAACCACUGCAUACCGCGAACGUUGAUAAUUCAACGGUUCCUCCUUCCUAUACCGAUCAAUAACAUAAUCCUCAGCAAGUUACGAUCUAUAUUUUCCGAUUUAUUCAUUUUCGUAAUAUAUUCUUUAUUUAAACUUGUUGUCCCCUUUAUCCGCUAUUUCGCGAAUGAUGCAUUAUUACGAUUGUUAUUCUAUUAUAGUUUCGCUAAGACGUAUUGCUACCCCUCGUCCUCGUGGAUAUGUAUGCGGGGAGGCGCGAAUGAAAGUAUUUAGGAUGUAUUCGAUUAUUGUAACAUCCCAUGCGUAAAUGAUACAGAAAAUAUUCUCUCGCUGUCUACGCGUGAGCAUGAUAUUAAUUGUUUGAUAUGUGCCUCGCAGCAAAACGUGAAACACGCCGAGGUCGCGCACGGAGAAUAUUUUGAACGAACGAACUAAGUUUCUGGAUAAAAAUAAAGAAAAAAAAAAAUAAAACAUUGAAAUUGAGGAUAGAGGCCUUUACAUGUACUGUGCUUAUACCUUAUUAUAGUGAAUAUUCUUCUUUAGUGAAAAUGCUUAUUAAAAGACCUUUUCUGCUCUCGAUUUAUUAAUAGCACAGUCCACAUUAGUACAGGCCUCAGCUAGUCUUACGAAUGAAGUGGCGUUACAGCCAUUCUGCUCGAUGUAUAUGUAUAACUGUUAAUGUACACUGAAUGCUUCGAAAAGAGCGAAUGUAUGUUCCAUGUGUGCAUGUAUGCGAUUGCAGGAGUCAAGCAGAGAAGAAAUAUGAUUAAUAUAGUCACUGUUAUGCUUUAAUGUAUUUCUAGCGAUUUUACCUACUUCAAUUAAAAAAAAAGUCAUGUGUUACUAGUUAGCAGUCCCAUAUAUCUUAUCUAAUAUUAUAUCGGCUAUUAUUAUCUUUUUUAGAUUCAAUAUUUUUAUUAUCGUACGUACAUAUAAUUUUCGACGUUUGUUUCACGCAAAUUGAUAUUUCGAUUUACGAUACACUCCGAAAUACGUUUGCACAAUCCAUUCCUCCGAAUAUUUAAGGAAUUUUUGUUAUUUAGAGCUUUUAAUUUUCGAUGAUUCGAUCAUAUCCUAACAGCAAAUAAUGAGUAAUCAUCCUUGAAUUGAGAGGAGCUCAAUGGCAUAGACAUGAAGAUUCGUGUAAAUUCGAAUAUCAAAUCUAAUUUAAUGCUCGCAUUGAAAUUUCCAUCUGUGCUAUCAUAUAUUGCGUUCUGCAAUAUAGUUAAGAAUAGCUUGUUUGUAUAAUUACAAAUAGUACUACUGUUUAUCGAUGAUUAUAAUGUUAUCUUUAUUUUUCGUUCACAUAAUCGCAGUUAGCGCCGCUUUUAAUGUUGCGAGUUACACUGCUUUUUCGGCAUGAAUUUAUUAUUAUCAGUAUUACAAUUUCGAAAAUUAUUUUGGAAUUGAAUUUAAAGCCCUUUUCUAGCAAUCUCAAAGUUAUUACUGCUCGACCAUGAUAUAUAUAUAUAUAUAUCUCACAAGUUUUGUUAAGUUAUUUCAUGCAUCUUUUACCUCUUCGUUUUACAUACUACGAUUUUAUUAUCGCGUUUUCCAGUCCAUUCGAUAAAAAAAAAGAAAUUGAUCAUCGAUCCUUGAAUCUAGUUGAUCCAUCUGGUAAUAAAUUCAUGUGGCUGUUGAUCGAAACAUUAUAAUACGGAUAAUUGUACGUAUUUCUCGCGCGGAAAUACAUUGCAAUUAAUCUUAUAGUUACUUUUAAAAUAAAUUUAUUAGAUAAUACUCAAGGAGAGACGCGUAACGUGUAAUAUUUAAUGUAUAUAUUAUUAUUCAUUUACUGUUAGGUGGAUUGGCUUUUCAGUAGAAAAAUGCAGCUUCUAUAUUUGUUAAUAAAAGCUGAAUAUUUGAGAAUUUCUAAAAUAAACGAUGUUUAAAUGUAAUAAUUUACAGUGAUAUAGUUUGGUAAAAAUGAGGAAGAAUUUUACUUUUAAUUUCGCGUAUCUUUGUCGAUGAAUGUGAUGAUGAUGAUGAAUGAAGUAAGACAAUAGGAAUGAACAUUAUUUCAUUAACAGCAUUGCAACGGACUACUUCCUUCCAACUAUAUUAUAUAUACAAGUAUAAUGUGAUUUUAAAUGUAUGUAAGAUUGGAAUAAUUUUUUGUAAAACAUUCUUGUUUUACCAAAGAAUACCAAACGGCACAGUUACAUGUGAAAACAUGGAAAAAUGAACAGAACACGAAUUCGAAAUAAUUCUCUUCUACCAAUAUGGCAUCUAACUCGAUGGAAUUGAACUUAGUACAUUCAAACUUAGGUAUUACAGUAUAUUUUUCAGAAAAUGCGACAAAAAAAAGAAGACAAGUAAGACAUAUUUUGCUACAUUGGAAAAAUUCCCACAUAAAAUCUUAGUACAUAUUGAUGGAUCAGAAUUUAAUCAACUAAUUUAUUGAAAUUAUUUAAUUUAUUUAACAGAUUCAUAUAAUUAAUUGCAAAUAUAAGUAUAUAGAACUAUAAAGACAAUUUGUUGAUUUAUGCAUAGUGUAUGUAUCACGCGUGAAUAUACUGUUUUAAAAAUAUAAGUAUAUCCACGAUCAGUAUAUCAUACGAUAUUUUAGAAACGCAAUUGUGAAGAACUGAUGUUCCUCGCGUUAUGAGAUUAGGUCAUUUAGCCUUUUACUUUUUGAAAUCACAGAAAAGAGCAAAAUCUUGUCUCAACUAAUAUGAUUGAAUUUGUCUAUGACUCUUGCUAGAGAUUACUCUGUGCAGGAAUUUAAAGCUCAUUGAUAUUAAAAUACGCAAGAUUAUUUGAUGUAUGUAACUGUUACGAAGAAAUUUUAGUUAAGUUUUUCAAAUAUCUUGUAUUAUCGUUCAAUUAUCUUGCUUGUAAUAAAAGUGAAGAAAAAGAAACAUGAUAAAUAAUCAAAGAGCUGUCCUAUGCUAACUAAUGUACGUAUAAGUUCGAGCAUGCUUUGAAACUUAUGUAAGCUACAUGCAUUGCGUGAGAUUCUGUAAGAAAUUUUGUAAAGACUGAUUAGAUAUGCAUCAGUAUCCAACAAAUUAUGAAAAAAAAAACAUUAAUUUUAAUCCCUAAACUUAUGUGAGAGGAAAUUCCAAAUCAUAGAGACAUUAUGUAGAAAUUCUAUGAGUAUGAGGAACUUUGUGACUUUGAUUAAAUGAAUGCAUAGAAACGUGGGAUGAUUUAGAAAAUUGUAUUCAGAAGAACUAUCUUCCUUUCCUCAUAUUUCAAAAAUAAAUGCAUCAAGAUGUAAUUUA